UCUUUCUCUUUCUGGCGCUGGAGGAAUAGCUGCUAAUUGCGUCAGUGUGUCCCUGUGAAUGCGAGUGAUGAUGUUCCUCUGGGUGUUCAUAUUCCUCCCUGUCCUCUCUGCGGCCCAACGGUCAGAGCCCAUGUUCUCAGCGGUCACAGAGACCAUGCUUCCUCCGGACUAUGACAACAACCCCACCCAGCUCAACUACGGAGUGGCUGUCACCGACGUAGACAACGAUGGAGACCUGGAGAUGUUUGUAGCCGGAUACAACGGUCCCAACCUGGUUCUGAAGUACGACAAGCAGAGGAAGAGACUGGUCAACAUCGCUGUUGACAACCGUAGCUCCCCUUUCUACGCUCUGAGAGAUCGCCAAGGCAACGCCAUCGGAGUGACAGCCUGCGACAUUGAUGGAGACGGAAGAGAGGAGAUCUAUGUGCUCAAUACCAACAACGCCUUCUCAGGUCGCGCCACCUACUCUGAUAAGCUCUUUAAGUUCCGUAAUGGCCGGUUUGAAGAUCUGUUAAACGACGACAUUAACGAACACCGUGAUGUAGCCAACCGCUUGGCUGGACGAUCUGUAGCCUGCAUAGACCGAAAGGGUACAGGUCGUUAUGCCAUCUACAUAGCUAACUAUGCCAGUGGUAACGUGGCUCCCCAUGCCCUGAUAGAAAUGGAUGAAGCUGCCAGUGACCUCUCCCGAGGCAUCAUCGCCCUGUCCAACGUCGCAGAGCAGGCUGGAGUCAACAAGUUCACAGGUGGUCGUGGUGUAGUUGUAGGUCCCAUUGUUAGCCAGUACCUGUCUGACGUGUUUUGUGAUAACGAGUACGGACCUAACUUCCUGUUUGUAAACAACGGAGAUGGAACCUUCACUGAUGUGGCUCAGCAGGCAGGUGUGGAAGACCCCAUGCAGCACGGUAGAGGGGUGACUUUGGCUGACUUCAACAGAGAUGGAAAGAUGGACAUUGUCUACGGAAACUGGAAUGGGCCACAUCGACUCUACCUACAGCUGGGCAACAACCGCAAGCACAGGUUCAAGGACAUAGCAUCUCAGAAGUUCUCCAUGCCGUCUCCGGUGCGUACGGUCAUCGCUGCAGACUUUGACAACGACAGCGAACUAGAGGUGUUCUUCAAUAACAUUGCUUACAGAGGGUCGUCAUCCAACAGACUGUUCAGGGUAACUAGGAGAGAACAUGGGGACCCCCAGAUUGAGGAGCUGAAUGUGGGGGAGGCAGCCGAGCCAGAAGGACGAGGAACAGGGGCGGCAGUAACAGACUUUGAUGGAGACGGUCGUCUGGACCUGCUGGUGUCACAUGGAGAGAGUGCUGCACAGCCUCUCUCUAUCUACAAAGUCAACCAGGGCUCCACUAACUCGUGGCUGCGUGUUAUCCCCCGUACCCAGUAUGGGGCGUACGCCAGGGGGGCUAAGGUAGUGGUCUACACCAAGAGAAGUGGUCCACACACACGCAUCAUCGACGGGGGCUCCGGCUACCUCUGUGAGAUGGAGCCUGUAGCACACUUUGGGCUCGGUAAAGACAUAGCUACUAAUGUUGAGGUGUACUGGCCAGAUGGGAAGUCAGUAGCCAGGCCUCUGGAACCAAGUGAGAUAAACUCUGUCCUGGAGAUCCACUAUCCCAGAGAGGAGGAGGAGGGCACACCUGAAAUAGAGAUAGAGUGUGGCCAAGGGUUUGCUAUGAAUGAGAAUGGUCGCUGCACAGAUAAGGAUGAGUGUACCCAGUUCCCCUCUGUGUGCCCCACUGACCGUCCUGUGUGCACUAACACCUAUGGCAGCCACAAGUGUCGUGCCAAUAAGAGGUGCAACCAGGGCUUUGAACCCAACGAUGAUGGAUCGGCUUGCGUGGCUCAGGUAGCUUACUUUGGGGGGACGCGCUCCUCGGGGGUCCGAAGAUGGGCCGGCUUCUCUCUCUGGCCUCUUUCUGUCUCUCUGCUGCCUCUCCUCUCCUCCCGCCUGCAAACCGGACCACUGUAGCUACUACACACUUCCUCUCCACUUCACUCUGGAACCUUCCCUCCUUCGCUCUCCUCCCUCUCUCCCUCUCUCCCUCUCUCUGUCUAUCACUCACUCCUAGAGAUAAGGAAGGGGGAGUGUACAGUGACUCUCGAAAACAAACUGAUCAUGGAAGUCUCUUCUCUAUCUUUAUUCAUCUGGAAAAUGAACUGAUCAUAGAAGCAUCUACCAUCUCUUCACUCGUCCUGAAACAAACUGAUCACAGAACUCACUCCCUCUCUUCACUCGUCCUGAAACAAACUGAUCAUAGAACUCACUCCCUCUCUUCACUCGUCCUGAAACAAACUGAUCAUAGAACUCACUCCCUCUCUUCACUCUCAAAACGAGCUCUCCAUGAACAUUUCUUCUUCUCUUCACUCCUCUCAUACAUAACAAAUCAUGGACCUUCUCUUUCUCCUUUCUUCACUCGUUCAUGGACUUUUCAUGG